GCGUCCUGCAACGUCCGACUUAGACACGUAGUAGCUUUGCUCUCUGCCCCCUCCAACUCCCCCACUCUCCGCCAUGGCCUCCGAAGGAAAAGUCGUCAGCCUCGAGGAGCUCAAGCAGCACACGUCCAAGGACAAGCUCUGGCUGCUCGUCAACGGCAAAGUCUACGAUGUCACAAAGUUCAUCGACGAGCACCCGGGAGGAGAUGAGGUGAUGAUCGCCGAGGCCGGCAAGGAUGCUACGGAGGCAUUCGAGGACGUCGGACACUCCGACGAGGCCCGUGCCAUGAUGCCCGCCAUGUUGGUUGGUGACUUUGGUGCUUUAGACGAGCUCAAGAAGGGUGCCAAACAAGUUGCGAGCGCAACCGCCUCGAACUUCGAGGGCGCUGUACAAUCAGGUUCAAAUAUCAUGUACUUCAUCCCGCUGUCUCUCCUGGUCGCAUACUUCGCCUGGAGAUUCUACUCCAGCUCAUAGGGACCACCACAUCUUCUGUACAUGCCCGCGUGACCACGGACAGGGUUCCAACGCAUGUACUCUCUGCUUCUAUUUACUUCUAGGAUUCUUUAGUAUAUGUUCUGUCAAUGCUAUCAUUGCUUAGACGAUAUCUGC